GGAGGAUUACCUCGAUGAUGGAUAAGGAAGCCCUCUCCACCUAUGACGAUGACGCCCUCGAAGGCAAGGCCCUUCGAUCAGCUCUGGCUGCGUGUAUAACCUUCGGUGAGCAGGCCCGAAGGCGCGAGGAGUGGUGCCGUCAUAAGGCCGAGCUAGAGAAGUCCGUGAAGGAGCUGAUCCACGACAAGGACGCUGCCCUCCGGGAGGUGUGCAAGCUGGAGGACGCCCUUCGGCAAGCGGAGCUGAGGCUGAGGGAGGCCAGAGAUGACGGGAAGGCCGAGGGCAAGGCAGAGGCCGAGAGGGUUGCGGCCGAGGAGAGAAAGCAAGCGGCUGAGGACGCCGAAAAGGCCAAGGCCGAGGCUGUUGUCAA